UUGCAAUUUCCGCCCGUUCCGCGGGAAAUCCUGUGUCAUCGCCGACGAAGUGCUUCCUGGAGCGCGGCCCAGGUCACGAAUCAUGUGACAGCGCUUUGCGAGGAACCUGUUUUUGGAGCCUUUUCUGUACAGCUUUUGAGCUAAUCCAGCAGUCAAGAAACCCAGGCGUGGAGAUUGAUCCUGCGGGAGAAAGGGGUUCGUCAUGGCGGAUGACCUGAAGCGUUUCCUGUAUAAGAAGUUACCAAGUGUUGAAGGACUCCAUGCUAUUGUUGUGUCAGAUAGAGAUGGAGUACCUGUAAUUAAAGUGGCCAAUGAUAAUGCUCCAGAACAUGCUUUGAGACCUGGUUUCUUAUCUACUUUUGCCCUUGCUACUGACCAAGGUAGUAAACUUGGGCUUUCAAAAAAUAAAAGCAUUAUAUGUUACUAUAACUCUUACCAGGUGGUUCAGUUCAAUCGUUUGCCUUUGGUGGUGAGUUUCAUAGCCAGCAGCAAUGCCAAUACAGGACUAAUUGUCAGCCUAGAAAAGGAACUUGCUCCAUUAUUUGAAGAAUUGAUAAAAGUUGUGGAAGUUUCUUAAUGGAAAAAUGUUUUCUGAUGUGUAUAUGGUCUUUAUUGUAACAAUAUCAAUCCAGCAAUCUUUAGAACACAAUAAUACUUUUAUCUAUGUACUCGAAAAGGCCCCUUUUCCCCCACCUUAUACUAAAGAAAGAGCCUAUAAUGUAUAGACAGAUCAAUUGUUAUAUUUACUUGCAUAAGGUCUUUUCUUGUUUAGUGAGAUCUGGGGAUACCACAGAAAUGGUUCAGUCUAUCACAGCUCCCAUGGAGUUUGUCCAGUCACUAGAUAUAAAUGAGAUUCUAUUCAGUGGAUCAGAAUCAAAAUGGUACAUUGAUCCACUUGAGCCAUUAUGUGCUCCCUAUUGUACAAUACUCCCAGGCCUGCAGGAAUGCAGCAGACCCUUUUUAUUGUGAAUAAUAAUGACAUAUUUUUCUUUAUAUUGUUUUAUUUCUUUACAUUGAUGUGAGGAAGACAAAGUAGCUUAGUAAAAGUAAUAAAAUCAGUACAAUCACUAACGUUCAUUUGGAUAUAUUAUUUUGUAGUAUAGAUGAAGAUUACUAAUUUCAUUCUUCUCAGAGGGUGCUGCUCUUUAAUGAAAAGAAAAAUUAUAGCUUAUGGUGUUUUUUUCCUACUUUGCUUUCUAUAACCAAUCAGUGUUUUAAUGUUUGUGUAUCUUAUAAGAUUCAAAUGUGAUUUGUUAUUGAAUUCUGUUUCCAAUAUCAGUAUGUAUAUAAACAUGAUAGUAUAGUCUUUUUUUCAUACAUGAGUUUAAAUAAAAUAGUAUUUUUAAAAAUAUAGUUUGAGCACCAUAUAGAUAUUUGUUUUUUCAGACUUUUCCCCAAAGUGUAAAUAACAUAAUUAAUUCACUCAUUCAACUACACAAAUAAGUUUUGAACGUUUUUUUCAGGUAUUGAUCUUAAGAUUGUUUUACCAAGUGUAAACUGUCAAUUAGAAAACAAAUCUCAUCUGUGAGCCUAAUAUCUCCUUGAAAUAAGUAUCACAGUUCUAGUAUAUGACCUUUUUAGGUUCAGAAGGAAUGCAGUACAUCUUUCAGGUUGUUAAUUUCCUUCUAGGUUCUUUGACAGUUUGUCACUAGUGUAAUUCAGUACAUAUACUUUGAGCACCUCCUAUGUGCCAGUCCUCAGCGCUUCCACACUGCACAGUUCUAAGAAGCAUUAUUCAUACCAUAUUUCUCUACCCUGGAGGUUGACUUUCAUAAUGGAAUGUUUUUGAAUGCAGUCCCUAAAAUUAUGUAGUGAAGCAUUCAGGCAAGCAGUGUGCUGCUUUUCCUUCCUCUUCCUUUCCAACACAAAUGAGAUUAACUUGUGAUAUCCUCCUUUAAAGAAAUUAUUGUUUGGUAAAGGAAACAGGUAUAGAAUAUGUUGUAAUAAAGCCGUAUAGAUGGUAUUGUAGAAUCACAAAACAGGAAUACUUAAAAUGGACUAGAGGGCUAGGGAUGUAGCUCAGUGGUAGAGUUCUUGCCUAGCAUGUUCAAGGCCCUGAGUUCAGUCUCUAGCACUUCAAAAAUAAAAUGGACAAAAACUAUGCUUUACAAAAAAAGUAAUAGCAACCAGAUAGAUAGGCUUUUUGUUUGUUUAUUUUGGGGGAGUACUAGGGAUUGAACUUGGGGGCACUCAACCACUAAGCCACAUCCUCAGCCCUGUUUUGUAUUUUAUUUAGAGACAGGGUCUCACUGAGUUGCUUAGUGAGACCUCGGUUGCCAUUACUGAGGCUGGCUUUGAACUUGCAAUCAUCCUGCCUCAGCCUCCCAAGCCACUGAUAUUACAGACAUGCGCCAACAGCCAGAUAGUGUUUUCUCUGUAGGAAACUAUAAGUAGUUUAAUUGUUACUACCUAAUUAAACAUUAGAAAAGCACAUUAAAAUAUAGAAUUUCCAUUAUCUAAAUCAUUAUCUAAUAAUGUCUUGAUGAUGAAAUGGUAUAUGAAGCAGUGUUUUAGAAAUGAGGUGGCCCAAUUUUAAUUUGAGGGUAAUAAAUUUAAAACUCCAGGAAAACUAAUAAAUGUAGUAAAUCUUUUCAUGUUACCACUGCUUCUAUUCUAUUUGAGAGGGUAUAAUUAAUAAGUUAGUCUACAGUUUGGUGAAAAUCCCCGAGUUUUUUGAAAAAGUAACAUGAAACUAGGUUAUUUUGUUAAGAGAAGGAAAUAAAAGGAAUAAAAAUAGAAAAGGAAGAAGUCAAAUUCUCACUGUUUGCUGAUGAUAUGAUCCUACACUUAGAAGAUCCAAAAAACUCCACCAAAAGACUACUAGAGCUAAUAAAUUCAGCAAAGUAAUAGAUUAUAAAAUUAACACAUAAAUCAGUAAACUUCCUAUAUCCAAAAAUAAAUCUGCUAAGGAAGAAAUCAGGGAACCAAUCCCAUUCACAAUGUGCCCCCCCCCAAAAAAAAAAAAAUCCUAGGAAUAAUCUAAUGAAGGCAGUGAAACACCUCUCCAUUGAAAACUAUAGAAUAUUGAAGAAAGAAAGACCUCCCUAGUUCAUGAAUAGGAAAAAUUAAUACUGUUAAAAUGGCCACAGUACCAAAAGCAAUAUACAGAUUCACUGCAGUCCCCAUCAAAAUACCAGUGACAUUCUUCACAGAACUAGAAAAAAAUUGGUCCUUGAAUUUAUUUGGAAGAAUAAGACCCAGAAUAGCCAAGCAAUUCUUAAGUCAAAGAGCAAUGCUGGAACCAUCACAAUACCUAACUUAACAUUAGUAAAGAUCUAUAGUAACAAAAACUUCAAAGAACUUGUAUAAAACAAAUGGUAGACCAAUGAUACAGAGUAGAAGACACAAAGGCACUAUAGUCAUCUGAUCUUUGACAAAGUUGCCAAAAACACUGGAGAAGUGACAGCCAUUUUAACAAAUGCUGCUGGGAAAACUGGGUGGCCAUAUAUAGAAGAAUGAGACUAGACCCUUAUCUCAUAGCCUGCACAAAAAUCAACUUAAAGGUACAGGAAUUAAACCAGAAACUAUGCAAUUGCUAGGAGAAAGCAUAAUGUCAACACUUCAACAUAGGAGCAUAGGCACCAACUUUUCUCUAAUGGGACCCCAAAAGCUCAGGAAAUGGUAUGGCAUCAAAUUAAAAAGCUUCUGCACAGAAGAAAUAAGAAUGUGAAGAGAGGAUUUACAGAAUUGGAAAAGAUCUUGGCUAGCUACUCUUCUGACAGAGGAUUAAUAUCUAGAAUACAUAAAGAACUCGACACCAAAAAAAUCCCCAAUUAAUAAAUGGGCAAAUGAAUUAAACAGACGCUUCUCAAAAGAAAAAAUAUAGAUGGCAAGUACAUGGAAAAAUGUUCAACAUCAUUAGCAAUUAGGGAAAUGCAAAUCAAAUUUACACUGAGAUUUCAUCUCAUUUCAGUCAGUAUUGCGGUCAUCAAGAAUACAAACAAUAAUAAAUGCUGGGGAAGAUAUAGAGAAAAAGGAACAUUUUUACACUGUUAGGAUUGUAAAUUAGUACAAACACUAUGGAAAUCAGUAUGGAGGUUCUUCAAAACACUAGGCAUGGAACCACCAUAUAAACCAGCUAUACCUCUUCUUAGUAUCAAUCCUAAAGAAUUUUCCAGGUGUGGUGGUGCAUGCCUGUAAUACCAGCAGCACUGGAGGCUGAGACAGGAAAAUCAGGAGUUUAAAUCCAGCCUCAGCAACGUUGAAGCACUAAGCAACUCAGUGAAAACCUGUCUCUAAAUAAAACACAAAAUAUGGCUGGGGAUGUGGCUCAGUGGUUCAGUGCCCCUGAGUUCAAAACCCCAGGAACCUCCCCACCGCCCCCCCAAAAUCAUCAUAUUAUAGUGAUACGUGCAUACCCAUGUUUAUAGCAGCACUGUUCACAAUAACCAAACUAUGGAACCAGCCUAGAUAUCCACCAACAGAUGAAUGGAUAAAGAAAAUGUGCUUUAUAUACACAGUGGAGUUUUAUUCAGCCAUAAGGAAAAAAUGAAAUUAUGUCAUUUGCAGGAAAAUGGAGGGAACUUGAGAACAUUAUGUUAAGCAAAAUAAGCCAAACUCAGAAGGUCAGGUGUAAUAUGGUUUCCCUCAUAUGUGGAAGCUAGAGAUGAAAAAGGAAAGGAAAAUGUAGAGGUGAUCACAUGAAAACCAAAGGGCUAUCAGAAUAGAGGAAGGGAACCAAGGGGAGAGAAUGGGGAUGUGCUAGGGAGGGCUGUUGGCCAAAGUAUACUGUGCACAUGUACUAAUAUGUAAAAACAAAUCCCGUCAUUAUGUACAACGAUAAUGCACAAAUAAGUGGAGGAGAAAAAAGCUAGAUUAUUUUUAGAAGGCAGUAUGAAACUAGUUGCAUGGUAUAAAACUAGGUAGAUCAAUGGAAUGAACUAAUCCCAAAACAAUUUUCCUAAAAUUUUGUAAAGGACUGAAAACAUUAUAAAGAUGGCAUCAUAAAUUAAUGGGAAGGAAUUAUUCAUUAAGUGUGACAGAUUUUUUUGUGUCUUGCUAGUAGAAGUAACACAAUCUUUGGUCCAGCUAUUCUAUUUCCAGCAAUUUGUCCUACCAAUGCAUAUAGAGGUGUGAGAUUACAUAUUUAUAAGCCUAGACUUUGCAACUUGAUACUGUCAAAGGUUGGAAGCUACCUAAAUAUCUACCCUUGAUAGGAUAAUGGCAAAUUCUGGUUUUUUGAACAACACCAAUUUAUAUGUACUUUUGUUUCUGGCAUAAUUGUUUAUGGUGCUCUUUUCACUCUCAAAUCUCCCACUGUAGGUAGAGGUUUGGUGAAAUAAAUUGCUACAUUUUUCCCAAUGGAGAAAGAAAUAAGGAAGUGCUUCAGGUAUUGAAAUGAAAUGAUCUCCAAGGCAUAAUGUUCAUUGAAAAAAGCAUGGUUUGAAACUGACAUGAUAAAAUGUGUAUGAAGAAAAAUAUAUGUGUAUAUUCAUAAGUUGUUUAUGAUAGAUGAUUUGUAUAUUUAGAUAAUCUCCAAAGAGGUGCAUGAAAGAAAGAAUUAGUGGAAGAUUACCUGGUUAUCUGUUCAGGAGUGAGCCUUUUCACUGUAAACUUCAUUGUACUUUUUGAAUUUUUAACUAUUCAAAAAUAAUAAAAAUAAAUUAAUAAAAAUAUUUCGGCAAGAAACAAAAUUAUGAGAUAAUUUGGGAAGAAAAUUGUAUUAGGGUCCUUUAAAGAAGUGGAACCAGUUAGAAUAUAUAUUUAUCCUGUUUAUUUCAAGGAAUGGUUUAUAUAUUUGUGAGGACUGGCAAGUCCAAUUGUCUAACACGUUGGAAGUCUGAAAAUUUUAGGCAAGACCUGCUACUGUGGUUUUGAAGUACAAUUUUUUCCUCCUGGAAACCUCAGUUUUGCUCUUAUGGCCAUUUAACUGAUUGGAGGAGUCCUCCCCACAUUAUGGAGAAUAAUCUCUUUGACUUAAAUUCAAGAGAUUGUAGUUAGUAAGCACAUCUUACUAACCUUCAUAAUCACAAAAUACCUUCAUAAUCACAUUUAGAUUCAUGUUUGAUUGAAUAAUAACAGUUUAUCCUUGCUGUUAUAGUUUGGAUGUGAAUUGUCCCCCAAAAGCUAAAGUUGGAGACAGUGCAAGAAGGUUUAGGGGAGAAAUGACUGGAUUAUGAGAGCCUCAAUCCAAUCAAUGAAUUAGUCCCCUGAUGGGAAUUAACUGAGUGGUAACUGAAGGCUGGUAGGGUGUGGCUGGAGGAUGUGAGUCCCUGGGGGCAUGGUCUCAGGGUAUAAAUUUUGUAUCUGGUGACUGGAGUGUCUCUCUGUUCUCUGACCAUCACGCGAGCUGCUUCCCUAUGCCACUCUUCCAUCUUGAUGUUAAGCCGCACCUUGAGCCCUGAGGAAUGGAGCUGGAUGUCUAUGGACUGAGACCUCUGAAACCAUGAGCCCUCAAAUAAAUUUUUCCUCCAUUACAA